ACCGUUUAGCUGUUGUAAAAAUACAAGAUGGACGGCUAUUCAAUAUCAUUAUCGCGUAGUUCGAAUAAAGAGAUGCAAUUAAAUGAUCAGAUCGUUUGCAUAUGCGCGUUACAAGAAUUUUCUACUUUCUUCCUUUCGCAUUAAUGUGUCUAUAUUCGCUUUGCACGAAUCAUAGCAUUGAACGAAAUAUCUUAUACAACGUGUCAUACUUCUGGGAAUUCCUUCUCACUGCGUAUAUACAUACUAACUACGUCAUUCAUCGAAUCCUGGAAUCACCUGUUGUUUAUUCCGAAAGCGAUGAUGUCAUAAGAAGCAAUUGCUAUCUUUCAUCGGUUCUUAAAGUACUUGCACAAUCAUGUAUUGUUUUGUAAGAAAAUUGCUGUUAAAAAAAUCGAUGAUUAAUCAAUACAUGUAUGUAUGUAUGUAUGAAUAUAUAUAUAUAUAUAUAUAUAUAUAUAUGCAUUUUUUCCAUUAUUCAAAAGAAUUUUUAUAACUACUUUAAAUGUUACAGUAGAAAUAUAUUGAAAUAUACGAGUAAAAGGAAAUAUAUAAAAGACGUAAAUAUUGAUGUAAAAAAAUGUAUAAUAAUCAUAAAAAUAACUAUAGUGGGUAAAUGAAAAAUGGUUAAAUAUGUGUAAUAGUAAGCUUAAGUCGUUUUUUAAACGCAGUUCAGCGUGAAAGACGUCAUAAAUGUGACAGACUACACAACACAGUACACAGUCCAUACUGACGUGAGUUCAACGUGGAGACUAUCGGCCACGUGAUUAUAAUGUGACCCGAUAUGCAGUGCGAUUAGAACCAGUUACGACGCAAUAAUCCUAUUUACUUAUAAAAUACAAGUUGAUAUCCCAUAUUUUUGCUCUAUUGAAUUGCGAAAGAAUUUUUGUCAACUUAGAAUCUUAAUAUAGAUUUAAUACAGAAAAACAAAAUGAUAAAAUUGAAAACAUUGCCACUACUUGAUAGAACAAGCACAAUCAUUGUAGAAGAAGAUAUCAAUGUUCCUUAUGGAAAAGUUCUUAUCGCAGGAUGGUUACAAAUGUGGAAAGAAAUAGAACCCAAUAGUAUUAUAGAAUUAUUAUCUUUUGCAAAUCCAAAGUCUUGGUACUUAAAUGGACCAAAACCAUAUAUAUUAAACAAUGUAAAUAUAUCUGAUUAUUAUACAGUUGAACUAAAUAAACCUAAAGAAAAUUUUGUUAAUACUUUACAAGAUAUACUUGCCAGAGUAACACAGAAAUCUAUAGUGUUUCUUGAUAAUUUGAAUUCUUUAAUAUUAUAUGCAGGCCUUGCAAAUUCAUUACAGUUUGUAGAAAAACUUAAUAAAAAGGUAGAACGAUUGAUUUGUCUUUUUAGAAAAGAUUGUAUUCCAAAUAAAAUAUUAUCUAUUGAAACUCUGGGAAAUACAUAUGUCAGAUUGCACAAGUACUGUGGUAUGCAUUCAAAUAAUGAAUUUACUUAUAUUGCAAAUUACAUACAUCGCAAAUCAGGAGGCACAAUAAUGCUUGGGUCAGAAUUAGUGAGACAAGAUAUUAAAACAUAUGAGAUACAGUCUGAAAAUUUAAAAACACAAUUUAACUCUGGAAAAAAUUCAACAAUUACAAAUGAUGCUUCAAAAAUUGUAUCUUCGUUUAGAAUAGAAAUAAAUGAACAUGAAAUGAAACAAAGAGAAAACACUCUACUACCUUAUGUACCUGCAACAAACAUGGCAAAUAACGAGUGUAAAAUUUUAUAUAUACCGGAUGAAGUAGAUGAUGUGGACGAGGAAGAUCCAGAUGAUGAUUUAUGCAUAUAAUUU